UGAAGAAGUUGUUUGUUUCUCUCUCUAACCACCGCAUAUAGGAAAUGGGUGUACAGUGGCUGCAAAAACCCUAAAAAUCGAAUGCAAAAUAAUGAUAAUAGUUGCAUGAUUACUUUGUUCCUGUCGGUGGAAAUUGAGUGGAUUUGGAGAAGGAAUUACAGAAUCGUUGAUUGUAAGUAAUAAACGUAACAUGAGAUUACUAUUGCUGAAACUGGUUUUCGAGGCUAUCAAUCAUAGCAAUGGGUAUGACCCGUUGGAGGUUUGGGAAUGGAGUCAUUUCUAGCAAUAUAGCUAAACUGGCGCACCGUCAUCAGCAGAAUAAACGACAUUUAUUCUGGAGAUUUUCUUCAUCGUCCUCAUCGCCGAGGAGGCGGAUCUCGUGGCCCUUUAUUUGCGGAUUGAUGCUCUUUUCAUUGGGUCUAGUUUCUCUUUUCACUGGCCAUAUUGCCUCUGAUCUCGAAUGGUAUUCUCAGAGGCUCAUCAAACGCAGUCUUUAUUAUAAGCUGGAUGGGAGAAGUCGGCUUCCUGUUAACAUCUGGAAAUCAAAAUUGUCAAAGUACUACUACGCCUGCAGUGAGAGAGGUCCUCAGUCUGCUACUUCUGUAUCUGAAAACAAUACAAAUGGCUACUUACUUAUUGCUGCAAGUGGAGGAUUGAACCAAGAAAGAACAGGAAUAACAGAUGCUGUUAUAGUUGCGCGAAUUCUUAAUGCUACAUUAGUUGUUCCCGUGUUAGAUCAUAACUCGUUCUGGCAGGAUGAUAGUGAUUUCCACAACGUUUUUGACGUUAAUUGGUUCAUACAUUACCUGGCAAAGGAUGUGAAAGUAGUUAAAAGAGUUCCAGAUAAAGUAAUGAGAUCCAUGGAAAAACCACCUUAUACUAUGAGAGUGCCGAGGAAAUCAGAACCCGAAUUUUACCUGGAUCAAGUUCUUCCAAUACUUUUGAGGAGACGGGUCCUGCAGUUGACGAAGUUUGAUUACAGGCUUUCUAGUGAUCUUGAUGAAGAGCUGCAGAAGUUGAGGUGUCGGGUCAACUAUCAUGGUUUGAGAUUUACAAAAUCAAUCAGGGAUAUUGGACAAAAGAUUAUUUCAAGGAUGAGGGAUAUGACUAAAAGAUUCGUUGCAAUUCACUUAAGGUUUGAAGAAGACAUGCUAGCAUUCUCUGGUUGUUACUAUGGUGGAGGUGAAAAGGAAAGGAAAGAACUUGGUGAAAUAAGGAAAAGAUGGGACACAUUACCAGAUACAAGCCCAGAGGAAGAGCGAAAGCGAGGGAAAUGUCCACUUACUCCUCAUGAGGUAGGACUGAUGCUCCGAGCUCUUGGUUUUGACAACAACACGUUUGUUUAUGUGGCAUCAGGAGAAGUAUAUGGAGGAGAGGAAACUCUACAGGCACUGAGAAAGCUCUUUCCAAACUUCUACACAAAGGAGAUGCUUGCUGGUGAAGAUCUGAAGCCUUUGAUUCCUUUUUCUUCUCGGCUAGCUGCCAUUGAUUACAUGGUGUGUGAUGAUAGUGAUGUUUUUGUCACUAAUAACAACGGAAAUAUGGCAAGGAUUCUCUCUGGACGAAGGAGAUACAUGGGACACAAGAGGACCAUCACGCCAAACACAAAAAAACUGAGUUCCUUAUUCAUGACACGAGAAAGGAUGGGUUGGGAAACAUUUUCACGGAAGGUAAAAUCAUGUCAGCGGGGAUUCAUGGGAGAACCCGAUGAAGUAAGGCCAGGCCGAGUUGAGUUUCAUGAAUUUCCAUCCACUUGCAUAUGCCAGAAGCCAUUCAAUCACUCUGACAUAAAAAAUGACAAGGUAGAGGAUCUGAGCACAGAAGAGGACCAGCCUAACAACAACAUCAAAAUAAACAUUGAAAACCUAACGCUCCCAACAGUUCAAGUCUGAGACACGAAGACCUGCUCAAUUGUGUCCUCUCUGCUAGAGCCGACGCCUCCAGUUUUGGCCAACUUAAAAGAGGGAAAAGUAAGUAAGUCAGCUCUUCAUUCUCGAGAGAGUUGACUAACGAACACUCAAAUGACCAAUAUCCUAUUGGAGAGAUCUGUAACUUCUAAAUGAGCAGCAAUCUUUAUUUAUCUAGUCCUCUGUUUGUAUCGCACCUUUGUGCAGGCAAAACUGUUAUUCAUUAUUAUUUAACUUUAGUCGGAAAAAAAGGUUCUUGUAACAUGUUUAACUCUAUGUUUUGAGUUACAAAUGAUAAUGUGAAAAGACUUUGUUCACGCAGGUUUGGGUUAUU